AAGUUACGUUUAGAAGAAACUUCUAAUGAAAAGGAAGUAAGUAACUUAGAUAUCAACUUUUUAAUUGGAUGUAAUAUCGCAAGAGCCUGUGGCAUAAUGCUCAGUCUGCAUGAACAGAACAAGAUGACUUUUCAAAAAAUAAGAAGGCUUCAUGCAAACUCAUUUGAGGCCUACCUGGCGCAUUUUACAUUGCUUUCAUAUUUUGACACAGCAUUAGAUGGUUUAACCACCUCUACACUUGGAGAUAUAGAAUUUGCACC